AUGGCUGCAAUAUUAGGAGGUGGUCUUGGAGGUCUGUCAACUGGUUAUUAUUUAUUGAAAAAUAAUUUAAAUAAUCCCAAUAAAUUAAAGAUAUUUCUACUUGAAGCAACGAAUCAGUGUGGAGGAUGGAUAAAGACGAUACGUACUAAAGAUUACUUAUUCGAGCAAGGGCCUAGAACUAUUAGACCCAAAGGUAUAACUGGUCUAAAUACUCUCAAUAUGAUACAAGACCUGGGUCUAAGUGAACAUGUAUCCCCAAUACGACCUGAUCACCCUGCUGCAAAGAAUAGAAUGAUAUAUGUAAACAACGAAUUGCACCUUCUUCCUUCAAGCCUGAAAGGUGUUUUUCAGAAAAAUGGACCUUUUUCCAAACCACUCAUAUAUGCUGUAUUCAAUGAUUUGAAACAACCUCAUUUAGAACUAAAGGAUGAUUCAAUUUACAAUUUCGUUGAACGUAGAUUUGGUAGAGAGAUUGCUGAUUAUGCUAUAUCACCCAUGAUAUGUGGAAUAUGUGCUGGUGAUGCUAAAGAAAUAUCAGUAAAAUUUCUUAUGAAGACUUUAUUUGAGUAUGAACAAAACCACGGUGGAGUAAUGAAGGGUCUUAUGAAAUCCUUUUUCAAAACUAAAGUACCUGAUGAUUUAGAAUUGACUGACUUAGCAAACACAGCAAAGGAGGAGAAAUGGAGUGUGUACACAAUAAAAGGGGGACUUGAGACAUUCCCUACAACUCUUAAAACUUACCUUGAGGAGAGUAAUGUUGAUUUACAUUUGAAUACUACAGUAGAAGAAAUUGAAUUUAUUGAUGCCAGUUUGGUUAAACUUAAGCAGACUGAUGGAAAAAUUGUAACUGCUAAUCAUGUCUAUUCUACAAUACCAGCUCAUAUCUUAUCAAAACUAGUUAAAAGCCAACAUCCUGACUUAUCCAAUUGUUUAAAUGAGAUACCUUUUGUAACUGUUGGUAUUGUUAACUUGUACUUUUCAACCACCAAACCACUUAUAACUCCAGCAUUUGGUUUUUUAAUCCCGCCAAUUGAGAAUUCACCUAUACUAGGUGUUGUGUUUGAUUCUUGCUGUAUUCCUGAUCAAAAUGGAACUGUUCUGACUGUAAUGUUAGGCGGAAGGUGGUUUAAAGAAAAAUUUGGCCAAAAUGUUACAGAGGAUAGACUGCUCAAUAUUGCCCUGGGGGAGAUUAAAACAAUUUUAAAGAUUGAAGACUCACCAGCAGCUUAUAAUGUAAAUAUUUUAAAGAAAUGUAUUCCUCAGUAUGUUAUUGGUCAUUAUGAAAGGGUUGAAAAGAUUAGACAGUAUAUACAAGAAAAGAAUUUGCCUAUAUCUCUAGUCGGUAGUAGUUAUGAUGGUGUAGGGGUAAAUGAUGUUAUAUUCUCUGCUAAAAUGCAAGUAGAAGAAGAUUGUACAAAUUCAUAG